CACAACGUACAAAGCAAUCAGAGAGUGAAGAGUUUUUUUGUGUUUCGGAACAAAAUUCAAAAUGAAUUGUCGAUAUUACACCGAGCAGACUUUGGGAUGGAUGUUAAACAACAAAUUGAUAGUGUUUCUCAGUCUUCUUUGUUUUUGCCUGUUCGUAUCAACUUUAGCGUUAUCAGGACAAAAAGGAAGAUUACUGGAUGAAGUAGCGGAAUUAAAAGCUGCGAUGACGACAGAAGCGCCUACUGAAGCACCUGCUAAUGCUACAGAAGCGCCCUCGAAUCCUGAUGAGACGACACCAGCGACUACCGAGGGAACAAAUCCUGAUGGAACGGACACGAAUCCUGAUGAAACUUCUACAGCGACGCAACCAGAGACUGGAACUGAAACUGAGACGGGGGGAGGAAAUAAUACAGACAAUGGUUCUGAGGCCACGACUUCUGCACCAGAAAAAUCUGAAACAGUAGAAUCUGCGAAUGAAGAAAACGUAAACACUUCAGGAAACUUGAGGGAUAUUGUGAAAGAGAGCAAAUUACUAUCAUUGAUAGCAGCGUAAGAUAGUAAACACUUGUGUCUGUGUUAUGUGUAUUUCAUAAGUAUUUUAACGAUUGUAAAUUUCUAAUAAAUGUAUAGUUUUUUUA